GGCGUUACACAUCGGAAUGCGAGGGAGCUGUUCUGAUUGGUCGUUAGAGUGAGCGGGUGAAUGUGUGCGCAUACUUAACAUCUUGAAUACCCCAGCACGUUUUCAUUAUCAUUCCAGCCAUGACUCUUCGGGAGAAAAGCUGUGUGAUUGUGUGAUCAUCUGUCCCUGUUGGUUUUAUGUUCUGUCAGUGGAAACAUCGCUGAGAAGCCAUGGCAGCUGUAGAAAAGGUCUCGGCGGAGAUGACAGAUCAAAUUAAAGUAGAAUAUAUAGAUGAAAACAAACAUUCCGCCACGACAUCUACCACCCAUGCAGCUGAAGUGACGCCUGAAAGUAUACCAACCACUGCCAGCUCGGGAACUGUUAUAAAAUCCGAAGAACCGGAAUAUGUACCAACAAACACUAGUAGUUCAAGUAGCGGAACUAUAACAAAGCCUACCAAUCCUACAAAACAAAAUCAACCAAAUGCUAGGAAAGACAACCAUCAAAGGAAACGUUCAAAUGACAAAAAAACGGAGGACACGAAAGGAACGUCGAAAAGAACACAUAUCAUCAUCAUUACAUCACUGGUAUGCACGUUUGUGGGAUCGGCCUCAGGUCUGAUUGUGCUUUAUUCCCAUCUUAAUGAAAAAGACGCCAGACAAGUGAUUGAGAGCCGUUUUCGCCAGGAAUCCUAUCAUGAUGAACCGACGGCCACGGACAAGUGUCAAAUGGAAACUAGAAGCGCUGUACAAAGUUGCUUUAAUGCAAGCGACUACUUCGAGGAAGAAGAGAAUCAGGAAAAAUGCAUAUAUUUGGAGAGUGUUGGGGAAUGUGUUAUGGAAAGAAGUGAGAGUGAUAAUGAAACAAAUUGCUCGGAGCUGGUAGAUAUACUUCAAAGCUUUCAACUUGAAGACUCUUUAUUUAAUAUAGCGGAGGCGUACCUUCAAAUCGAUGUACGGCAAUGCUCAUUUUACAAUGGCAGUGCUGUAGCCAGUGUAAUGGAGAAAGGGCAUACCACAUAAUGUAGAUCAACAUAUUUCCGCCAUCAAACACCUUUUAAACCUAAAUUUCUUGACAGUAUAAAUGAAAUGUGAUGAGAAGUAAUUCCAAAUCCACAAUAGCGACAAAUUGUAUCUAAUUUCUAGAAAGGACUCCAAUACAAGACUUCGGGGCAAUGUGUUUCAUUAUCCUUCGUUGUAAUUAUAUCUGAUUUAUCAAUUGUCGAAUGUUAACACUAUCAUUCUCAUAUGUAAGAUAUAUUUGUCUCAUGUGGAACACCUAUGUGGGAUAUUUCUAUCCCACAUAGGUGCACCGAGUGACUUCAGGUUCGGGACUACUUUUUAAUUGUGUAACGUCACUGGGAAAACCCUUGUUUUUUUUUUUUUAUAUGUAUGAUAACUUUCACAAAUGCACGGUAUCAUUUUUCUAUAUGUCUUUAGAAAAUUUUUUUUUUUGAUCAUUGACCUAUAAACUCAUAGGUUAUAUUGUUAAUGUUUGUCGAGAAUUUAUUUUUUACAGCGGAGGACUAGAAAGUUUUCGUUGUGCAAGCAAGCAUAGGCGGAGGAAUAUGACGUGAUGUCAAACAUCAGUUGGAAGUUUCCGGAAAGCCGAUCACCUCUGACAAACAUUAAUAUAUAUUUGUUGCUAUCUUGACAGUCAGCUUAUGUUGUAUGGUAUACCGGCUUUUUUCUCAUCUUUCCAAAUAUGCAAAUUGUUUUAUUGUCGGUCAACGAUAAAGUUUCUAUAUGGUUUUGCCAUGUUCGAUCGAUUUCCCAAGAAUAAUAGUCCACCAUAUGUUCGAUCUAAUUAAAAUAUAGAUGGUCAUUCUCACUACGUUACAUGUGUCCGAAUUUGCAUGACUAAAGUGCAUAGCCUUCAUUCAAGUAAUUUCUACCUACAAAGCAAUUUGCUUCAGAUGCAUGCUGUGACGAAAUGGGUUGCUUCGAUGACAUCAUCAAAUUGGUAAUUCGCCCUGAAAGUGAAAUACACACAUUUCAAAGGUCAUCAGAACGUGACCCCUUAUGGGAUGUUGUUAGAUGUUCAUGUAACGUAGUGAGAAUGGCCAUCUAAAUUUUAAUUAGAUUGUCAUAUGUUAGGUAUGCGGGAUAGGGCAAUUUUACAUUCUAAAUUCCCCUAUCCCACAUACCUACAUAUGAUGGACUAUAUUAGUAAUAUUCAUAUUAUUAAUUGACGCAUCAUGUGUAGUUAAACACUUACGUCUCGCCCUUAAAUCAACAUUUUUCUUGAUUUUGACACAGGUGUUUGCAUAUAAAUUUUUUAUUUCAAAACUUUUGAAAUUACAUUUUUCCAGAUAUCUCCGUGUGCAUUUUGUUCGAAAAAAUGGUUCGGGUAUCUGAAGGGUUUCGCGUAGCUAACGAUGACAUUUUUAUUUAUUAUAUAUUUACUUUAAACGUGUGAGUCCUGUGCAUGACAUUAUACAUGAAAAACAAUCGAAGGCAGAGUGCCCAUUCUACAGUCACAUACAUGUACAUGUUGGCCUAGGCCUUUCAUAUUUGAAAUGCAUAAAUAUUCUAUUUUCACAAAGUUAACCAGUUCUCGUCAGUUUACUAAAAUAAGGACAAAAAGAAAGCAAUGUAUUGAAAAAAUGCAACCAAUACUGCUAGUCAACAAGAUGCACAAAUUAAAAAAUAUUAAGCAGUGAUGUAUACGUACAUGUUAUAAUGAUAAUCUCAUUUCAAGUCCGUGCAAGCGCCUGUGGAUUUUAGAUUAUGUUUAGGAAGGUUUUUUAUGUGACGUAAGAUCGACUCCAGCAAGUAUGUAUAAUAAGCCCCCUUGUAGUCUACAAUGUGAUCUUGGAUGAAUUCUGUUUCAUAAUUCCAUGAACAUUUUCGUACAUUUCAUUUUUGACGAGUGAAAUUUAUAUAUCAUUGUGGUCGUUGGUCUCUGCUAACAAUUUGUGUUCCGACAUAUGUGUCGACCAAGCAUUUAAUGUAACAUUUCUCUGUACUUUAUUAGUUUAAAACAAAUUUCAAUUGCUUCUUAAAUCAUUAAAUCAAGCAAAAAUAUAAGGGAAUAUAAGGAUAGUUAAAAGAAAAUCUCACCUCUCCUUCCAGACUAUCUCUUUCACGAAUAAAUAUUUGGACAUUUUGAAAA